UCCAAGUUCAUCCAGGAUAGAAUGCGAUGAAUUAAAACCAGAAUGCUUAAAACAAACCCUACAAAAGGCUGUUCCAAAUUUCUUGAAGGGUAGGCCUGAGGUAGGCGUGGAAGUACUGGAUCCAUUUUACAUUGAUAAACUGGAAAUGACUCUAGCUGGAGGGCUCAAAAUCAAGUUUACCAAUGGUCAUGCUAAAGGCCUUAGGAAAUGUAUCGUUGAGAAAGCAAGAGUCAUGCAUGACGUAAUAGAAACACAAUUUCUCUGCAAUCUCACGGUCAAAGGAAAGUACAAGUCAAGUGGAAGAUUGUUGAUGUUCCCCAUCAACGGAGACGGUGAUGCAGCUAUCAGAUGCAAAAACCUUAGAGUUAAUCUAACCCUACAGCUGAGAUCGAUCAAGGGAUCAGGGGAUACCUAUUUAGAAAUUGUGAACUCGCAAAGCAAACAUAGCUACGAGGGCCAAAUUCAGUACAAUUUGACUAAUUUAAUCAAAGGCAGUCCUGAAACGAGUAAAACUCUGUUAAACUUUAUGAACCAGAAUUGGCAUAUGGUAGCCCAGGAGUUCGGAGAUCCUCUUGUGGAUUUUGGAGUAAAGGUCAUUCUUAGGAACAUAAAGAAGUUGAUCAGCGCUGUACCCAUGAAUCAACUGUUUACGACGUGGGAACCAGUUCCAGCAUAAUGUUGUUUGGUACUUACGAGGAUGAUAUUACGUCGAUGACUCUGUUACAAUGAGAUUAAUGAUUCGAUUACACGGCACAUUGAUAGUUUUGUAAUUGUAAAUAGUUAUUAUUUAUAAAAAUAUUGUAAUUUAUUCGCACUUAUGGAAAAACUAAUACACUUAGUAGG